UGGCGUAUGAUAACAAUAAACAACCCCGAAACAAGAGAUACGCACCAGCGGGACCUGUCGCUCUAAAUCAACGCAAACGUACCGAAAAUAUGAACCGAAACAGCUUCACACCAUUGGAGUAGCGUCUCGACAAGUAGCACGGGAGCCUCGUCCGCCCUGACACAAAGUAUUUUCUUGUUUUUUGUGUCAAACCUAGGGGAGAAGUACGAGUUACGGUUCACCCCUUCCUUAGCCCCUUGUAGCUAGCCGUGGCUCAUUCCUUGUAUUUGCACACUUUGUGUUAAGUCUGUUAUGCAGUUGCCAGAGGACUGCGGUCGCACUUGUUCUCCUUCGCCACCUCUUCGCUCCCUCUCCCCGCUCUCUCUGGCCCUAUGUCUCGCUGGCUCUUCCCCUGGUCAGGCUCAAUCAAGAAGCGGGCCUGUCGGUACCUCCUGCAGCACUAUCUCGGUCACUUUUUACAGGAGAGACUGAGCUUGGACCAGCUGGGCUUGGACUUGUACAACGGCAGCGGUGUUAUCAAGGAAAUCAACCUCGAUGUGUGGGCGGUCAAUGAGUUCUUGGAGUCCCUGGGAGCUCCUCUGGAGAUAGUCGAUGGCUUUGUGAGCAGCAUUGCAGUCACCAUCCCCUGGCAAGCUCUCCUGACUGACCACUGCACCUUAGAAAUCUCUGGUCUUCAGAUAACAUGUCGACCAAAGUACCGGACCAGCGGGGGUUGGGAUUCUCAGACCUGGUCAUCCAGCAUGACCUCCAGCAUGCAGCUGGCUCAGGAGUGCCUGAAAGACCCACCAGAGGCAUCCGAGGAGCCGCCUGCCCCACUAGAAGGGCUAGAGAUGUUUGCACAAACCAUUGAGACGGUCCUUCGUCGUAUCAAAGUCACCUUUUUGGACACUAUUGUCCGCAUCGAGCAUCAGCCCCUGGACCUGGAAACAGGCGUUGCCUUAGAGGUGCACAUUAAACGGCUGGAGUAUUUUGAUGAGGCUGUGCGAGAUCCAGCGAGCCAGGCUGCUGCGCCUGUCGACAUCCACCAGCCACCUGCCUUCCUGCACAAGAUCCUCCAGCUGAGCACUGUGCAGCUGUUUUAUGACAGCGCUGGCAUAGUACAGGAUCUGCCUGAGGAGAAACAUCCAGAUUUAGCCACUGCAAGUGAAGGAGAUGAGGAGCAAGAAGAAGAAGAAGAAGAAGAUGAUGACGAUGAUGAGGAGGAGGAGGAGGAGGAGGAGGAGGAGAAGAAAGAGACUAAUCCUUUGGCUGCUUCUUCUUGUUCUCCCUCUCAGCCUUUGCUCAUAGGAAGCUGCUCCGGUUUUAUUGAGACCACAGUCAAGAUCAAACAGAACGACAUGCUGCCUGGACCAAAGUUGGAGUUGGAUGGCAAAGUGGGCUGUGUCCACAUGCUGCUGACUCCAGAUCAAAUAACUCAUCUGACAGACUUACUGGCAGCUCUCUGCAUAGACACUGAGCCAGAAUCUAAGUGUGGUGGUGUCCACAGCCGCCCGUUAGACUCAGACGACCUUCGUCUGAUUGAGGAAGACCUCAGUAAGCAGCUGGGUUCCAGCCCCAGAGACAGAGAGUGGGAUGAAGAGCCUGACCUGGAGCCUUUUGUCACCGGCCUGGAGAAUGGAGAAAUGUUUUUUUCUAUGGGUCCGACUGGGAUGAACAGCAGCGUGACGUCUGUGCGCUCGGGCAGCGAGCUAUCAGACAGUGAUAUGGAAUCCUCCACACACAGUCUCGUAAGCCUCACACAGCCUGCUGCACUGUCUUCACAGGGCAUGAUGAACUGUCCCAGACGAUAUCCAGUAGCAGGUUGUCUUUCAAAUCUACCACAGGCCAGCAGUCGGAGCAGAGGACGUUCACACAGCGUUCAGGCAGAGCAGCUAAAGCCUGACUCUUUGCUGCGACUGACACUUGGAGGGCUCACCCUAACCCUGCUUCAGGAGGAACCGUCCAGUAGUCUUGACAGAGGCUCGUCCUUGGCUCAGGUGUCGCAGGUGUUUUUUCGGGAGUUAGCCUUCUUCAAAGACGGCAUGUUCAGUGAGAGAGACUUCCACCAUCUGAGAGCUGGCUUUACCAAGGCCUGUCCACACUCUCAUAUCAGAUUGACAGGAGCAGCAGUGCAGGUUGCUUGUGAGAUGCGAAGUGGGAGACGCCGCAGUAGAGCCGUGACCUCUGACCUGUCCUUCAGCAGACUGGAGCUGUUGGAGUGUCUCUGGGAAGGUGGAAAACCUCAGUAUAGCGAGUUGCUUCAGUUCCAGAAAUCUGGCCUGUUCUCAAUUGGAACUGCAGCCAGACCAUGUGCCCAACUACACUACAGCCUCAGUGAAAAACACCUGCGCAGGGGUAAACAGCGGGUCUUGCGUCGGGACAGUGUGGUGAGGGUGGAGCUGGCAGAGCUGAGUACUGAGCUGGACCUGGACUUCAUUAGUCGCCUGCAGAACCUGAGCAAAGCCUUCAGCCACUGUCCCUCAGAGACAGGACCAGGAGUUUCACAGACCCAGACCACCGAACUUUACUCCUCCUUCACCCUCCUUUCACCAAAUGCUGUCCUGCGGCUCCGUUUCCCCAUACCUGACCUCGGACCCCUCCCUACACGUCGACCUCCUACUCAGAGAGCAGUGCGACAGGAGAUCUUGGUCCUGGAGCUGAUGGAGCUAGAGUUGAAGCAUCAAGAGGCCCCGGACCUCCAGGGUGGCCAGACCACCCCAGGACAGCCACUUGCUCCCUGCCUCACCCAGCUACUGGAGGCUUCCUUUACUGACCUGCACGGGUCAUAUGAGGGCUGGGAGGGCGGCUCUUUCCCCUGUAUCAGAGUGAAGAAGAACCGCGACUCUUUACCAAGGAUAGUGGUACAUGUACGUGGAGGUGAGGCUCAGUGCCCGGCAGCUGGUCUGAGUGGGACAAACCUGGGCCUCAUCAGGGACCUGGGAGCUGCUUUCUUUGAAAGUCACUGUGAAAUCAACGACAAAACCAGCUCCCCAUUCUCUUCCAACCGCACCAUGUUUGAAACUGAGGAGAUGGUGAUUCCAGCUGACCCAGAGGAGAUGCGUCAGUUUCAGGCACAGUGUGUUGCUCAGUGCCAGUGUGCUGUGGACAUCACCCUGCCACUGGCUUACAUCCUCCUGCCCAGCAAACAAGCCUAUCAGAGCAUCUACAACAGAAUCAACAAUGAUCUGUUGAUGUGGGAGCCUCCUCCCCCUCCUCCCUCCUCAGGCCACAGCCCCAACCACAAUCUCCAUCGUCCGGAUGAGUUCCAGCUCUGCAAGUCAGCUUUCAGACUGGACUCUGAUUCAGAAGAGGAUGAGCCACAUUUCUACAUGGCCAAUGACUCAGCUGGAAGGACACAACAGUCGGCUCCAAGCUUCAACCAUAACCUCAGCCUCCUCUCCCUCACUGUGAUCAUUGGCAAAGGACGCCUUCAGGCUAGAACAGACAGGAAGGAGGAUGAGAGUCAUGGGGAGAUUGUACUCGACCUAGAAGGAGGGAAGAUAUUUAGUGUAGCGCAACACCAGAAUGACCCAAAUCUCAAUUUCUUGUGUCUGGAGAGCAAACGAGUGGAGCUCUACCACAAAGCAGUAGUGAAGGACACCCCCAUCCCUCAACGAUUGGAAAUGCCGAGCUUCACUCCCCCAAAACACUUGGACCCUACCAUCUACCAGACUGAGGCCGGGGUUAGCUGCAUGAGUGGCAGAGAGGGGGAGCUACAGAUGUUAUCCACCGCCAUCAAAAUCACACUGGACGCCCAGAAGAAUGUCAAGGAGUUCCUAGUUGCCCUACGACUUCAGGGUGCCACCAUGCGACAUUACAUGACACAGAGCAGUCAGAGCUGGCAUGAGCAGCUGGUUGACUUCCUGGAUGUUAUUGAUGAACCCAUUCUGGGAUACACAGCACCUGUUGUCAUCACUGUUCUCCACACACACCUUGCUACCUGUGCGGUUGACUACAGACCUCUAUAUCUGCCACUGAGAGUGUUAUUCACAGCAGAGUCCUUCUCUCUGUCCAGUAAUAUCAUUGUAGACACUGCCACCUUCCACCUCAGGUUCAUCCUGGAUGACUCUGCUCUCUACCUCUCUGACAAAUGUGAGACUGACAUCGUUGACUUGAGGAGAGAUUACAUGUGUGUCCUGGACAUUGACCUGCUGGAGCUCGCCAUCACCACGUGGAAAGGCAGUGAUACGGGUAAACUGUCUCAGCCCCUCUUUGAGCUCCGUUGCUCCAACAAUGUGGUCCAUCUCCACUCUUGUGCUGAUUCCUGCGCCGCCCUCAUUAAUCUGCUGCAGUACCUGAUCUCCCAGGGUGACCUCCACCCACCGCCACGACACACCUCGCCCACUGAGAUUGCUGGGCAGAAAUUGCCACUGUCAGAAACUCCUGCCUUUGUGCUGCCCUGCCCUCCAGCUGAAACCGCUGAGAUCAACCAGUACGACCUGGCUGAUGCCUUAAUUGACACAGAGAGGAGCCACAGAGAAGAAAGUUUAGAUCCAGGUUCACCCUCCACGCAAAGAGGCUCACCUGUCUCUGUCUACCUCUUCCCUGGAGAAGCUUCAAAGCACAACUCCUCUGUCCUGCAGCAGGAGGACUCUGAACUGGAUGGAUUGGUUGCCACAGCAACAGAGGCUCAAGCAGAUAUGAUGUUGGAAGAUGGCUCGGAUGGCUCCACUGACAACGAUGACUUCUGCAUCCUGGAGGCUCCUGGCAUGGGCAUUCCUUCAAAGGAUGGGGAGCCUGUGGUGACGGUCCUGUCCCAGGGGCCCAUCAAGGUGAAGGACAGUCACUUCUCGAGGCCUAGAGGCAGCUCAGACCUGCUGCGAGCCCCCAGCCGCUUCCCUGUGCCCCAAAGCAGGGUGGUGCUGCGGGAGAUCUCUGUGGUCUGGCAUCUGUAUGGGGGCAAGGACUUCGGAGGCAAGACCAUGUCCUUACACACUCAGCAGACAAACAGAGGUCGAUCAGUCCCUGCUGGCGUCCGUGGAUCCCCGUCUCGCGCUGCUGCUUCCUCUCGUCCACAGAACUCCUGGCGGUGGGCAGGAGGCAGCGGUCGUCAGCACACGCUGCUGAUGGAGAUCCAGCUCACCAAGGUGUCCUUCCAGCAUGAGUCCUACCAACUGCCAGCAGCAGGGCAGGAUGGUGAGGGGUCAGUGGCACCUGUGGUCGGAGUUGGUCCCGGCAGUGAGCAGCCAAUCUCCAGGCAGGUGUUCAUCGUCCAAGAGCUGGAAGUCAGAGACCGACUGGCCUCCUCACAGAUCAAUAAAUUUCUCUACCUCUACACCAGCGAGAGCAUGCCCCGCCGAGCCCACUCCAACAUGCUGACAGUAAAGGCCCUGCAGUUGUGUCCAGAGUCUGGCCUCGGUGGUCCAGAAUGCUGCCUUCGGGUCAGCUUGCUGCCACUACGACUUAAUAUUGACCAGGAUGCACUUUUCUUCCUCAAGGACUUUUUCAGUAAUUUGGCUUCCUCUGUUAACCCUUAUCUGCCUGUGGACUCUGCAACUGAAGUUAAAGCAGACCAAUCCCAGAAGGCUUCUGAAGAGGCGGAGGCAGCUGCUGGUUUGGGUCCUGACCUCACAGCUUCUGUGGAAACUACCUACAGUGAGCAGAGCUCCUCCUCUGCUGGCUCCACUUCCUCCUCUGACCAGCCAAUAUACUUCCGGGAGUUUCGUUUCACCUCCGAAGUGCCCAUCUGGCUGGACUAUCAUGGCAAACAUGUUGUCAUUGACCAGGGAACGUUUGCAGGGAUCCUGAUAGGCCUGGCUCAGUUAAACUGUUCUGAGCUGAAGCUAAAGAGGCUCUGCUGCAGACACGGUCUCCUUGGUGUUGACAAAGUGAUACAGUAUGCUGUCACAGAAUGGCUUACUGACAUCAGGAAGAAUCAGCUGCCAGGCAUUCUGGGAGGCGUUGGUCCUAUGCACUCUGUUGUUCAGCUGUUCCAUGGAGUGAGGGAUCUGUUCUGGUUGCCCAUAGAGCAGUACAGAAAAGAUGGACGCAUUAUCCGAGGUCUCCAGAGGGGGGCAGCGUCCUUUGGCACCUCAACAGCAUCUGCUGCUCUUGAGCUCAGUAACAGACUGGUGCAGGCCAUACAGGCUACAGCAGAGACCGUGUACGACAUCCUUUCUCCCACGCCUCCUCUGAAUCGCUUCGCAAUCACUGAGGGUCGGGCUCCCACCAGCCGACCACGGAGAGCCGCGCAACCCGCAGACCUCCGAGAAGGUGUUGCCAAAGCCUACGACACUGUCAGAGAGGGAGUGAUUGACACAGCUCAGACCCUGUGUGAUGUAGCAUCCCGUGGCCAUGAACAGAAGGGUCUGCCUGGUGCUGUGGGCGGCGUCCUGCGGCAGAUCCCACCCACUGUAGUACGACCCUUGAUAGUGGCCUCUGAAGCCACCUCCAAUCUGCUCGGUGGCAUGAGGAACCAGAUCAAACCAGAUGCCCGCAAGGAGGACUUCCUGAAGUGGCGUAUUGAAGAGGGUCAAGAAUGACAAUGACUUUUUUCUGUCUGUGUGAGAGAUAAUGAAUGAAUGUGUGUGAGAGUGUAAGUGAGUGUGAGAGAGUUUAGUGAAAUUAUAAUUUGGGAAAAGUCUGAGUCAAGGGAGUGAGUCGAGGGUUUGAAUGUGUUUGCAUGUGUGUAUGAUCUAAAGAGAGUUAGAGUUUGCUCCAAUGCAAAAACAAAGCAAAGACUAAUUACUACUGCAGUUACUAACACACAGUGUUUUAUGUGGCUCCAACAUACAUGGAUGUACCAAAUUUAACUUGUUUGUUCUACAUUCAGCAAGAGCUCCCCUCAUGUUGCUCUCAGUUAUACGCUAGCCCUUAGAUGUUGUGUGCAAAUAUCUCACCAUCACGCUCAUCUGACUGAUUUUCAGUCCAUCCUAAGAUGGGAAGAACUUUCACUCUCAAGGUUUUAAUUUUUGCGAACGAUAAAAGAUUGUGGGCACUCCAUGCCCUAUGAUUUUGUUGCUUUAAACUGUUUUCUUCUCUUAAAAUGGAAUGAAAAUAGUCAAAGGACAUCACAAAAGCACUUUAGCAGCAGUGUUAAGAACAACCGUACGACCAAGCUGUGUGAAGUUUUGGUCUUUUAUUUUUGAACUUUUUAAAAGCAGGUGAACAUAGAACAGAAAUCUCAGAUCCACCUCAAUAUCAGUUCACCUUUUUGGGGCAGUGCGUGCUGACAGGAUAUUUUAGAUAAUGAGUGUUGGGCUGACGCUGAGUUCACACUGAUCUGCUUUGUCUCGCACAGCUCUGUUCACACACGCAUGUGUCAACAGCAGAGCUUCUGCUAUGUUUUACAUAGGAUUUCCCCUUUGAAAAUCAGUAAAUAUACUCUGUUAUCAACUUAACACCCGGACUUCAGUAUGAAGCUGUGCAUCUGUCUGUUUCAGAAUUAAGUUGUAUUGGAAAAUUGAUUGGAGUCAGGGAACCAUGAGUGUGUUUUUAUGACAUAUGCGAAAGAUGUAGGCAUUGAAACUGUGAAAGAAAAUAUGUUUCACUGUCAGUUUUACCUGAAAACGUGCAGCUCAAGCAUGAGACACACCAGAGACGCGUGUCUUACAGGGACUCUAUGGACACUGAUCAGUUAAAAGCGAGACACAGUGUGAACCCAGCCUUAUUGUCCAGUGAUGCUCAUAGUAGAGUCCUGAAAAUAAAGUUUAAAGGAACUUCACAACACCCCAGUGUAAGCAGUUCAGCGCUCUAUGCACCCACUUCUCUCAGUGCUGUUACUUGUGCCAUAAGCCUUGCAGAAUGUCUUUUUUGAUGAGUUUGUGUUGCCUUCCUAAAUCCUCUAUCCUCUCUUUGAAAAUAUAACACACGCUCAUGUUGGUACACAUCGGACUGAAUAGAAACACCGGAUCACAUGAAGGACUGAACUUCUGUAGCAUAUUGCAUUCUUUUAUAGCUUCACAAAGUCAACUUGAACUUUAAGUUGUCUUACAAAGAGAUGCCAGUUGAUGCUUUUUCUUCUGCAUUACAGCUCGUUUGUGCUUCUGUUUCCAUGAGUAGUUCAGCACCAGGGCCUGGGAACUGAAUUAAUCAACUUUUACUGUCCUCAAAAUCACUUUGCCCACUUCCUUAGAUGCCUUCCUGCAUUUUUUUUUAAAUGUUUCUUCUUUUUUUUGUUUUUUUACUUUAUGAAAACAUAAGCAAAGUAUUGUUAUACUCAUUUUAAAGAUGCGAGUUGAAAGGAUGUGAAUCAGAUGACAAUGGAGGAAGAGUAAUUAAGGGAUUUUGUGAAUUUAAUGAGGGUUUUACUUUUUUUUAAUCUCUUUUUGUUGUCAUUUAAUUGGUGUAAGGGAUUUGUGUCCCUCUGUGCGUGUGGGUGAGCGUUUGUAUGUGUUUAUGUGUGAGCAUGAUGCAUGUCUGUGACCGUGACAGGCUAAUGUUUGUUACACCACUUGCGUGUAAUUAUUAUUUACAAUGUUAUAAACUGUAUGAAUGACCUGUAUAAUACAAAGACAAGGACUAUACAAAAUUAAUACAAAAAUAAAAAAAGUUUGAGUACAAAAACUGAA